AUGCCAACCAUUGACAAUACUAAAAAAGCAACAUUUAGCUGGACUGUUCCACCGCGUGUACUUUUAGUCGACGAUGACUCUGUCUAUCGUGACCUCAGUGGAAAAUUAUUGCAAGUAAUUGGAUGCACUAUAGACCUUGCUAAAGAUGGCGUAGAGGCUAUCGGAAAGAUGGGAGCAGAGAAAUAUGACCUUAUUCUUAUGGAUAUUAUGAUGCCUAAUCUCGAUGGUAUCUCGGCCACUCGCAAUAUUCGCCAAUACGACGCCUUGACGCCAAUUAUCUCAAUGACAUCCAAUUUUACAGAUAAUGAUAUUAUGCAAUAUAUUGGCAGU